AUGGAAAGCCGCCGUUCAAAGAAGGAAUGCCAACUUGAGGAAAUGAAAGCUCGACUACACGAAUGCAGGGAGAGGAAAAAGAUUGAGGGAGGUGAAACUUCAGAUGGUGAUGAAGAAAGGGAUAUAAAGAGGCAGAUAACAAGGAAAAUUGGAAAUGCAACACUGGAAAAUCAAGGGGUAGAAGAAGCACCAGAAAAACAAGAGGUAGUAGCAGCACUGGGAGGCAAUGUCAGAGAGAUGGCGGAGAUGGUAGACGCACCAGAGGAAGAUGGUGAUGCUGAUGAUGAGGAGUCAGAGGAAGAAGAGGAAGACGGAGAUGAUGAGUCAGAGAGAUCUGAUGAUGAUGAGGAUGACGACGACGACGAUGAUGGGGAUGAUGGUGUCCAGCAACAGGAUCCUUUUUUUGGGAUGUUCCCUGAUGUUGAUGAGCCGGGAGAUGACGCAGACGAUAUUCCGGAAUACGUCUCUGGUUCUAAUACUGACCACUCCUCUUCAUCUGCUUCAACCAACUCUAAUGCUUACAAUCUCUCUCCCCACAACUACUUCAAUAUGGUUUAA